AUGUACUCCUUCUCCACCAAGCUUGCCAGUGGCAAUCCGCAGCCUACCAACACUGGACGCCGCCUCUCUGGCAAGCUUAACAGGGGCUUCCAACCGAAACCUGCUUCUACGAAGCUCGUAGUCAAGACGCUGAAGCCACAACCCGCUUGGGAUGCAAACAAAUACUUUGAGGAAACAUGGGCACAGCUGGACCAGGCUCUAAACGUCAUCUUUACACAAGCCCCGGUCAACUUCUCCAUGGAGGAGCUAUACCGUGGUGUUGAAAAUUUGUGCCGUCAGAAAAGAGCAGAAGAUAUCUAUGCCAGAUUGAGCGCCAGAUGCAAGCAACAUGUGAGGGGUCCCAUGAAGACGUCACUACUGGCUAAGCAGAAGCAAUCCAACGUCCAAGUCCUGGAUGAUGUUCUGGAUGCUUGGACUACCUGGAACCAGCAGAUGCAUACCAUUCGCCAUAUCUUCUACUACAUGGACCGUUCAUACCUGCUCCAGACAUCUAGGGGUUCUCUGCAAGAUGUUACCAUCAAGAUCUUCCGCGACAACAUCUUCGAUGAUCCUGCACUAAAGCCUGGCAUAAUCGAUGGCGCUUGUGACUUGAUCUCCAUUGACCGGUCUGGGAAAGAGCUUGACAGAAGCCGCCUCAAACAGGCCAUCUCCAUGUUCCACGAUCUCGCCACCUACUCCACAACUUUCGAACCUCGCAUGCUCGCCUUUGCACAACAAUACGUAGUCCAGUGGGCUGACGAGAAGAGCACUGAGCAGUCUCUUCCCGAAUAUGUCACUAAUGCUGUCAAUUUCAUGACCAAGGAGAUCGAACGUUGCGAAGACUUUGGCCUGGAUCAAAGUACUCGACGGGAUCUCUUAGCUCUGCUUGAGGAACACAUCAUCGAGAACAAGGCCGAUUAUCUAACUAAUCAGGACAAUGUUGCGGACCUGUUGGACGAUUAUGCUACUGAAGACUUGGAACAAUUGCAUGCACUGUUGCAGAGACGACGACUUGGCUCGAAGAUUCGUCCGGCGUUUGAGAAGUGGGUAGACGAUACUGGAACACAGAUUGUCUUUGAUGACAAGAAUGACACACAGAUGGUUGAGCGUUUACUGUCACUCAAGACUCGUCUGGACAAUAUCUGGCGCACUUCCUUCCACCGUAGCGAGGAGCUUGGACAUGCUUUGCGCGAAUCCUUCGAGACGUUUAUCAACAAGACACGAAAGUCUGCUGCGACGCAUGGUACGGACAACUCAAAGACUGGAGAGAUGAUUGCCAAAUAUGUGGACCAGAUCCUUCGCGGAGGUGCCAAAGCCAUUCCAACAGAAUUGACUUUACAUGCUCGUGACAAUGCUGGAAAGGAAGAUCACGACGAGAAUGAGGCUAUUGAUGAAGACAGCGAAGUCAGUGCACAACUCGAUCAGGUCUUGGACCUGUUCAGAUUCGUCCAUGGCAAGGCAGUCUUUGAAGCAUUCUACAAGAAAGAUCUUGCUCGUCGUCUACUCAUGAGUCGUUCAGCCAGUGCGGAUGCCGAGCGGAGUAUGCUUGCGCGUCUGAAGACUGAGUGCGGUGCAGAGUUCACCCACAACCUGGAACAGAUGUUCAAAGAUGUCGAACUUGCUCGUGAAGAGAUGUCGUCCUACAAGUCACGGAUGGAAGAAAGAGAAGAGAGACCGAAGAUCGAUCUGAACGUCAACGUACUUUCGGCAGCGGCAUGGCCGACCUACCCUGUCGUCCCCGUCAUGAUCCCCGCAGACAUUCAGCAAGCGAUCGAUGAGUAUGAGCGCCACUACAAGUCCAAGCACAGCGGAAGGAAACUCGACUGGAAGCACUCACUGGCUCACUGUCAAAUGAAGGCCAAGUUUGCCAAGGGCACGAAGGAGUUGGUAGUAUCGUCCUUCCAAGCCAUCAUCCUGUUGCUCUUCAACAAUGUCGAAGCUUCUGAACACCUAACCUACGACUUUAUUAAGACAGAAUCAGGACUUCCAGAAGCAGAAGUAAACCGAACUCUCCAAUCUCUGGCUUGUGCAAAACUGCGACCACUGCAAAAGCACCCCAAAGGAAGAGAGAUUUCCCCCACGGACACGUUCACCGUUGACCCGAGCUUCUGGCACGACAAGUACAGAGUCAAGAUCAACCAGGUCCAACUCAAAGAAACCAAGGAAGAGAACAAGGAGACGCACGAACGUGUGGCCGAGGACAGGAACUUUGAGUGUCAGGCUGCGGUGGUCAGAGUGAUGAAGGCGAGAAAGACGAUUGGACAUUCAGAGUUGAUCGCAGAAGUCAUCAAGGCAACGAGGAGUAGAGGCGUGUUGGACGUCAAGGACAUCAAGAAGAACAUCGAUAGACUUAUCGAGAAGGAUUACAUGGAGCGCGAAGAGGGCAACAUGUAUAGCUACAUCGCGUAG